AUGCCACUAUGGCCCUUUGGCAGGAAGAAGCGGCGUCUGAGCGCGUCGACGGCCGCAACGACAACGUCGUCCUCGCCAACUGCUCCAACUGCCCCGGCACCAACAGCCAGCGCAACCGCAGCAGCAACAGCAACAGCAACCGCUCGCCAACAACAACCCCAGCAACAACAACACGACCGGCCGCGCCCUGCAGAUGUUUCAGAUGCUCCGGCACAGGCCAUAGUCCGCCCGCCCAAUGACAGCUCCACCCACAUAAUUACCCCAAACGUCCUCGAGCGUCAGGGAAGCGUGCAGCACGACCUAACGGCUCUACCUGAAUUGUCCGAACUCGAGCAGAGCCCGCAUCUGAGGCCUGCCAAUGUCAUCAAGCCCGUCCACCCCUACACCCUCGACCGCCCGUCGUCUGCUCGCCCACGCACCCCAACCGUCACCCAUCCCCCGCCUUCCGACAAGCAGGCCCCAGGUCGCCGGCCCUCGAACAAGAGGAAAAAGGACCAGGCCCUGCGCGAAGAAGAGAUCCGCCAAAUGAGCGCCCCCAUGCAGAUUCCAAAGAGACCUGCCGCCAACUCCGGCCAUGACCUGCUCCAGCAGCGCGCUUGGGAGAUUGGUGCCAUGUCUAUUCUCAGCCCCCGCCCUACCGUUCGCGUGUCAGGCACAUACACAAAUCCUCCCUCGCCCUUUGGAAAGCGUCCAGACAAGAUGGGCAAGCUGCCCGAACUCGCUCGUGCAUCAAGCGGGAGGAAGGACCGAAGAAAAGUUGCCGACCUUGCCGACGACCUCAAUUCCACCGAGCUGCGCAUUCUCAUGGAACGCGAUCAACGAAGAAAAGAACAAAAGGCCCUAGAGCAACACGAGCGUCUCGAUCGCAAGUUGCGCAGGAGGGCAGAGAAACAGCGCGAGGAAGAUGAACGUAGAGCUCGUGAAGCCCGCCUGAACGCUACUCCGCCUACAGCCAUCCACCCUGCCUUCCGCGAACAGCAGCCUGGUUCUGAACUUAUUACACCCACCUCGCUCAGGAAGCAGGGCAAACAGCCGAUUCCUGAAAUGCAGGAGUCCCCUACCAAGGGUGGUACCUAUCUACGUUACCCACCAGGCGAAGACAUACCCCAGAACCCAUUUGCAGACCCAGAGCCAGACAACCCCUUCACCGCUCCGGGCGCCGAGUAUUCUCCCGUCCAGACUCCACUCGACGAGCCAAUCUUGCAAACCGCCAGAGCCGUCAGACUGUCGGCCGGUCACAUGUCUCCGCCUGCUUCUCCAGUACCCAUUGUUCAGCGCGAAAUCCAGCCGUCUCCCAGCUUACCUGAAGCUUCUUACCCACAGUCGCAGAGGACUUCUAGCCAUCCUGCCAGUUCCUUCGAAUCGAGCCGACGCAGACCCUCUGAGAGCGGCAGUCGACGUGUAGGACCUAGUGCCUGGACCAAUAUCUUCCGCCGAGGCCUUGGUUCAAGUCGCACAUCAGAGGACAAGCCUCCAUCCGAAUUUUCCUUUGUUAAUACAUCUAGAGAGUCCAUGUCCAAGCAGCCUAUACCAGCUCACCUGGUAGGUCCGCCCUCGUCGCGUCAAUCUGGCGCGCCCACCCGCACGCAAAGCAAGUUUCGUGAGGACCUCCCUGAACUGCCAAUCUCUCCUCCAUCAUCUCGCGUCCAGUCGCCUGAGUUGAGCGUGAUCACAGCCGGAGUGUUGGCUGCAAGACGUGCCAAGCGUGGUGCUGACACGCAGACGAAGACGAAGACUGUAGACCAGUCUGGUCUGAUUAGAAAUGACUCGCCUGCCAUUGUUGAAGACGAGGAAUCAGCAGUACUGUCACAAUCAUACGGAUCCGUGGACUCAGAAGGCAGUUGGAUCAGUGGACGUCUGAUCAAACGCACGUCUCACACCUCGCAUCCCCACAGUAGCUUGAGCUCCCUUAAGAAGGCAAAGCCCGAGUUCACUGCAAGUUUCGACCGGCUGCCGGUUCCAGAACAUGAAUAUUUUGCUGCUUUGACACCAGACAAUGGCAGCCGCCGUGUAUCAGCCGAGCACGCAAUUGCAACGCCAACAGCAGAACCGUCCCCUGAAGUGGCCGCGCCGCUCAGGCAAGCCACAGCACGCCGUAUACCGACAGUAGUACACAACGAUCCUCGCUUCAAAUCUCGCGAAGGACUUCUCACAGAAUAUCAGGCAGGAGAGCCAGUAACACCAUCUCGCGAAGGCAGUCUGAGUGGCGAAUCGGCCGAAAACUCGCCAGUGGAAUUGCACAAGGCGCAAAGUGUCAACUAUGGUCAGAUGCAUGGCCACGGAAAAUCUCUCAGCGCAGGCAGCGCUAGGAUGUUUGACAUCACGCCGAAACGAAGCAGGAGUGCUGCAACGCUUCUCACAGGAGCGAGUCCUCGGUCCUCGCCAAGGAUUCCUCAGGGGUAA